AUGUCUGCGCUCGGCCGGGUCUGCAGGCCACUCCGGGAAGAGACAGGGAUGGACCCACUUGGCAGCCCCACGGAAGACACGUCCUCCCCUCCCAACACGUUGAACUUCAACGGAGCUCAUCGGAAGCGGAAGACACUGGUCGCCCCGGAGAUCAACAUCUCCCUGGACCAGAGCGAGGGUUCCCUGCUGUCUGAUGACUUCCUGGACACUCCCGACGACCUGGACAUCAACGUGGACGACAUCGAGACCCCCGACGAGACCGACUCGCUGGAGUUCCUGGGGAACGGCAAUGAGCUGGAGUGGGAAGAUGACACCCCCGUGGCCGCCGCCAAGAACAUGCCCGGGGAUAGCGCAGACCUGUUUGGGGAUGGUGCAGCAGAGGAUGGCGGUGCCACCAACGGACGCCUGUGGAGGACAGUGAUCAUUGGAGAACAAGAACACCGAAUUGACCUGCACAUGAUCCGGCCCUACAUGAGGGUAGUGACCCACGGAGGGUACUACGGCGAAGGUCUCAACGCCAUCAUCGUGUUUGCUGCCUGCUUCCUCCCAGACAGCAGCUCCCCCGACUACCACUACAUCAUGGAGAACCUCUUCCUGUACGUCAUCAGCAGCCUGGAACUGCUGGUGGCCGAGGAUUACAUGAUCGUCUACCUGAACGGAGCCACGCCCCGGCGGAGGAUGCCCGGUAUCGGCUGGCUGAAGAAGUGUUACCAGAUGAUCGACAGGAGAUUGCGGAAAAACCUGAAGUCCCUCAUCAUCGUGCACCCCUCCUGGUUCAUCCGCACGGUGCUGGCCAUCUCCCGUCCCUUCAUCAGCGUCAAAUUCAUCAACAAGAUCCAGUAUGUGCAUAGCUUGGAAGAUCUGGAGCAGCUCAUCCCCAUGGAACACGUGCAAAUCCCAGAGUGCGUGCUUCAGUACGAAGAGGAAAGGCUCAAGGCCAGGAGAGAGAGCGCCAGGCCGCAGCCAGAGUUCCUCCUGCCCAGGUCCGAGGAGAAGCCAGAGGCGGCGCCGGCGGAGGGCAGAUCUGCUCCAGGUACAGAAGAUCAGGAGACGAGGUGCGUGUACCAGGAGCAUAAGUGGGAGAUGGAGACCAACGGUGUGGAAGUGGGUAAGCCCCUGAGGGACAUGGGCCAGCCCCUCCCCAUUUGGGAGACCUGGAAGUCCCUCUUCCAGUCUCACUGCCAGUACCUCUUGCUGUUAGCCCUGGAGGCCAUCCUGGUCCAGCGGUGCGACUCUGCAGCCUUCCUGCCCCCAGAACUCAUGCAGCUUAGCAAAACCCCGCUGCCCUUCUUCGCUCCUGGGGCCUCAAGACCCAAGCAGAUCAAGACCCAGAUGAGGCGGAGCUAA